CGUUUAGGUCGUUGAAACAGCCGCGGCCAAUUUGGACAGCUCUAAAUUUGCCCUUUUUUAUCUCUCAGUUUUCUCCUCAUUAUAUAUCAAUCUUCUGCUUUCUUAUAAUAAUCUUGUGUCUUGACGAAAUAAACACGCAACAGAGACAGAGGAGCAAAAAGAUGGCCGACUCCCUUUUGCAAAAGGCCACCUCUGCUCUCGGUGAAACAAAAGAAACUGUCCUCGCCUCUGUUGAAACCGCCAAGACCGAUGUGGUGAAGGAUGCAGUCGACAAUGUGGUGUCAAGAAGCAUAGAUGGAGCCAAAUCGCUGGUGCACGGUUUGGAGGAGAAGAAAGGUGAAGUCUCCUCCAAAAUCUUGGGAGCUGUUACACACUUUACCGGCAGUGCUGACUCAGCAACCACAACCGCAAACCGUGACUUACCAGUAUCCACAGACAAUCAGCCACUCCUAGCGACAGGUGAUCGUGAGGUCGAGACACCAUGGUGGAAGAACUGUUGUGGAGUUCUUGAUCUUCUCAAGACAUCAUCAUCAUCUACAUGAAGACCAACUUCCCUGUGAAGAAAAAGAUUCCUCCUAAACUAUAUUCUGAGUAUUUCCUUCCGUUUACUUGAGAGUGAAUUCCGAUUGUGUCUUCAACUUUUAAUUCGU